AAAGCUCGGAUCUACGUUAUUUAUCGCUGUGGCGCGCAUGGAUCCGCUGUCCUCCUCGGAGACACGCAUCUGGAGCCUCUGCGCACUGAAACCGCCGCAAAAAUGACGGUGGAGAGAAUAUUCGACGAGCUCGGGCAUUUCAAAAGAUACCAGGCAUGUCUGUAUUUUGCAGCAGUCUUCCAGGCUAUAGCGUGUGGAAUCCACUACCUGGCCUCUGUUUUCCUGGUUGAGACUCCCAACUUUGUGUGUUCUGUGCCCGGGAACAUCACAGAUGUCCUAUAUGGUAACAUAACGCCAUCUAGUCUGGAAGAAAUCCUGCCAGUCAUGUCAGGAAGUGGCCCUUUGGUCGUGAGGACUGCUGCUGGGGAGCAGUGGGAGCUUAGUCGGUGCAGCUGCGCCCUCCGCAUCGGCCCUCAGGACUUUACAUAUGACUUUACUGGCAACAAAACUGUCAAAGAGUGCUUUGGGAAAUACGUUUAUGACCACAGCGAGGUUCACCAAAGCAUUGUCACAGAUUGGGACUUGGUGUGUGACAGAGAGUGGCUGGCCAAGCUGUGCCAACCUACAUUCAUGCUGGGUGUGCUGAUUGGAGCGCUGGUGUUUGGAGACAUUGCUGACAGAGUUGGCCGUGUGCGGAUUCUGAUGAUCACCAGCCUCUGUCAGUUUGGACUCGGGGUCAGUGUGGCGUUCUCUGGAAACUACUACUUUUUUGUGGUGCUCCGCUUCCUACUGGCCAUGGUGUCCAGUGGUUAUCUGGUGGUGGUGUUUGUGUAUGUGACAGAGUUCACCGGCAGCAAGGUACGCACCUGGACCUCCAUGCAUGUGCAUGCAGCCUUCGCAGUCGGGAUCAUGGUGGUGGCUCUGACCGGCUACCUGGUUCGAGUCUGGUGGAUCUACCAGAUCAUCCUCUCCACCUGCACCUUGCCCUACCUGCUCUUUUGCUGGAAGUUCCCCGAGACGCCCUUUUACUUGAUGGCUAAAGGUCGAUACAAGGAGACGCAGGACCUGCUGGACAAGAUAGCCGCCGUCAACGGUAUUGAAAGCAGGCUGAAGGCGGAGGACCUCCUGGACCCCAGGAAGACAGAGAAUGGCAAGGCGCUGCUGGACCAGGAGCGGGGCCAGGGGCCAUUGGAGCCUGAGAAGAAGCUAACCAUCCUGGACCUGUUUGGUAGCUGGAGGAUGGCGGGCCGCACGUGCACAGUGUGGGCCAUCUGGUUCAUCGGCAGCUUGGGCUACUACGUCUUCUCUUUGGGUUCAGUCAAUCUUGGAGGAAACCAGUACGUUAACCUUUUUCUUGCUGGUGCAGUGGAGGUUCCCUCUUACCUGGUUGGCUGUUUUGCAAUGGACCGGAUUGGGAGGAAGAAGACGUGUGCACCGGCUCUGAUCCUGGCUGGGGUGGCUUGUAUGCUCGUCAUUGUGGUACCCUCUGACAUUGAGGUUCUAGCUAUUGCUCUGAACAUGAUAGGAAAGUUUGCUGUUGCAAUUGCCUUUGGCCUCGUCUACCUGUACACCUGUGAGCUUUACCCUACAAUCAUCAGGUCUCUGGCAGUCGGUAGUGGCAGCAUGAUGUGCCGUGUUGGCAGUGUGGUGGCUCCUUUCUGUGUGUACUUGGCAGACGUCUGGAUCUAUCUACCUCAGCUCAUCGUAGGAAUCCUGGCAUUCAUUAUUGGAGUGCUGACAAUGCUGUUGCCUGAGACCCUGGGUAAACCUCUAACUACAACCUUGGCGGAGGCUGAAUCUCUUGGUCUUAAACCCAACAAGGAAAGCUCAGCCCAGUACAACAAAGGUGGCGAGGAUGGAGUGGAGCUGAACCAACAUGCAGCUAAGGCCUGAGCUCUACGCUUCAGGAAAACCAGACAUUUGGAAACAUCAGCAUUGGAAAAAAAAGAAAAAAAGCAUUUAUCUAAACUUGUGAACUGACUGAUUUAUUUUGACAUUUUGUCCUGCAACAUGACCAAUAGUGUACUACAAAAUAGGUCCUCAGGACUUGCACAAACCCUUCUGCAUGCAUACAUGAGUCAGAUUGGAAAUACAGGAUCUUAACAACAUCAUGUACUAUGUGUAGUCUUUUUGUGCAUGACUUGCAAGCUCAAGAAUACAAGUCACAUGAAUUACCAAAGGAGAGUUUCAAUUCAAUUUCAGUCUUAUUUUUGUUGUUGAUGUCAUGAGUUUCAGCAACUUAGUAACAGAAAAUACUUCAGGGUUGAUAUUACUGGAUGAACUGACUACAAAAAUAAAACUUAAAGGUAGGGUAAGGGAUGUAUGGAUGAUGUCAAGUCUGCUGAUAUUUGUAACAAACCAUCAAGAAAGCUACCUCUUCCUUCUCCUCCCAUCCUGAGCAGAACACAGUCCAUCAUGAGCAGGAACCCUCCUCUUGUCUGUGAUUGGCUGGAGCAAUGUUUGUAAUGGGUUUGGGGGAGCGUUAUCCCAACUGUCCCCAGUUUAUUGAAGGAGGGCUGUGCAUGAUGACAGUUAUCCAGCUAGCGGAAGCUGAGGAGAGAUUGCAUGAAUGUGACAAAAGGUGUUCUGGGUUAGAAAUUGUGCAGAAUCCCUUACCCUGCCUUUAAAAUAGAAACUAAUCAGUUAAUUUGCUAAACAAAGGAGGCAACAACGGUAAUCAUAGUUUACUAAGCUAGCAUUAAUAUGUGAUAAAUACUAUACAAGAUAAAAGUGGGCUGCAGAAUGGGCCCAAAGUGUAUUUGUCCACAGGUUCCAUGGUGUUUGUCCACAAGAAAUGUCUGAUAGGAGGUUCUAUGUGGUUUUUAGGUGGUUCAUUUUCUAAUGUGGGCCAUAAUUAGUUACUAAAACUACUAUGGACCCACACUAUUUUGCUCCUUACUUAGCUUGUGCUCCCUAUAGUUGGCUCAUAAUACUGAAACCAUAAAGGACACAUGAAUUUGCCAAGUCUAAGUGCACUCUGCAGUCCACUUCAUCUCCACACAGGGCCCACAUGAACAUCCUGGCUGGGUAGUUACUAAUUAAUAACCAAAGUCAGUCCAGAUCAUUGCCUUAAUGCAUAUUUUACAUUUAAAAACAAACAACUCACACACUGUAUCAUGUUUUACACAACAUAAUAAGUUAGUGUAAUAUAACAGAUUGUAUUUUUUUAGAAUUGUAAUCACCUUUUGAGCAUACUUCUAUCGAUCUCAGGGCAUCCAUAUCGCUGUGAAGCUGUAAUCUUAAGCAUAUUGUAAUUUUACAUCUGUUAAACAUCUUCAGUUUCAUUUUGCUUAAGAUGCCAUUGAUAAGUUUUACAUUACAAUGUAAUGUGAGUGGAUGUGUGGGCGUGUUUUGUGUGUUUGUGUGUAUUAUUGAGUGCGUUUGUUAAGUUGAUGUCCUGGGUUUUCUACAUGCUUUUAUCAUGUUUGCAAUCUAGAUGCUGGACGUACUGAAGAGAAAGUACAUAAAACCACACUGCAUCACUGUGUGUUCAAGAGUCAAGCGUUUUUCGCCAGAUGUUUGGACCAAAAACAGAUUGAACCACAAUAGUAAGGUGAUUUAUAUAGUGGAUUCUGUUAUAGUCUACUACUAUGGGAGUAAAUCAUGAAAUAACUGGUAUACUAGAGCUUAAGACAUUUAAUCACCUGGUGCUGAAAAAACUCAGGUCCAGCUGGCAGUUUUACAAUCAACUGUAUUGAUUUUUUCUAUGAAUAGCUUCUUUGUAAGUUGUUUUUUUCGUUGUUCUGGAACAAUAAAUGAUGUGUCUGACAACAGUGCA